ACACGGUGUGCUGGCCUGGCUGCGUGUCAAAGCGUGACAGUGCAAGCCAGCAAGGUUUUGCUGAUGAAAGGCAGAAGGUGUUCCCGAGGAAGGUCUGUGAGCCUCCCGAGGCGUGGGCACAGCAGAGGCAGGGCAGCUGCUUUCUGUAUUGUGGGGAGUUGGCUUAUCUCUUAAGAAAGGUUCUAAAGGAAAUCUCUGUUGGAGACCUAAAGCCUAAUGAAACAGUUGAAGCAAAUCUGGAAGCACAACUACUCUCCAAAUUAGACCACCCAGCCAUUGUAAAAUUUUAUGCAAGCUUUGUGGAGCGAGAUAGUUUCUGCAUUAUCACUGAAUACUGUGAGGGUGGAGAUCUAGACUUCAAAAUUCAAGACUACAAAGAAUCUGGGAAGACAUUCACUCAAAGGCAAAUAAUAGAUUGGUUUAUACAGUUGUUACUUGGAGUCAACUACAUGCAUGAAAGGAGAAUACUUCACAGAGAUUUGAAAGCCAAGAAUAUAUUUUUGAAAAAUAAUCUUCUUAAAAUAGGGGACUUUGGAGUCUCUCGUCUUUUGAUAGGUUCAUGUGAUCUGGCAACUACAUUUACUGGGACACCGUACUACAUGAGUCCAGAGGCACUGAAGCACCAGGGAUAUAAUACAAAAUCGGACAUCUGGUGA